UGAUGCUCUCAUUGAAAAAAUAUAUCGUUGCCUUUGUUGCCUUGUUGUCAGUUUAUGCAAGAGUAAGAGCCACUGCUAAUGAUGAAAGCUUUACCAGUGUAAACUAUCAAGAAGAAGUAUCAUUGGAUCAUAUUGGCUCACAUGGUCAUAUGCAGCAUGAACCACCACUCUCCUGUCGCCAGAUGAAAAAAAAUGAUCCCACUACAAGAUCAGGUACUCAUUAUGUAAUGUUCAGAGGUGAAUAUAUCCCUGUACAUUGUAAUAUGGAUGUCCUCUGUGACUCUGAUGAUGGAUGGACUAGAAUUGUAUACAUCAAUGCACAGCAAUCCUGUCCUUCUGGUUUUACACUCUACACAUCAGGAAAUACUAAGGCUUGCGGUAGAAGAAGCGGUGCUCGAGAUGGAAGCUGUGACUCUACCACAUUCUCUUCAAUGGGCAUAAAGUACUCACAAGUUUGUGGUUUUGUCUAUGCAUAUCAAUAUAAUUCGCCUGAUGCUUAUGCUAUUCAUGCUGGAAAAACUAACAUUCAAACUCGUAUUGAUUCUGCAUACAUUGAUGGUGUCAGUAUCACUCAUGGGACACCAAGGAAGCAUAUUUGGUCACUGAUGGCUGCACAGUCAGAAAAAGUAACAAGACAUACAAAAAAUUAUGUUUGCCCAUGCACUGCAGGUAAUGCACAACCAAAACUACCAAGUUUUAUAGGAUAUCAUACAACUGAUCCUCUGUGGGAUGGCAAGAAUUGUCGCAAUAAUGAAGUAAAUUGUUGCAAAGCAGGGAUGCCGUGGUUUUAUAAGAAUCUUGGUUAUACCACUAAUGAUGAUAUUGAGCUUAGAAUAUGUGGAGAUCAGUCUCAAACUGAUGAGGAUGCUCGUGUGUUUUCGGGUGAAAUAUACGUCAAGUAAAAAUCCACAAGAUUUUGAAGGUUUCAUUAAAAAGAACAUUAGUGACUAGAUCUAGUGUAUAUACUGUAUAUAAUUUUCUACAUUCAUUUUCAACAUUACUUGAAGUAGACAGCAUA